AUGUCCGCCCCAGAGCCCAUCGCCGUCGCGAUAGUCGGGCUAUCAUGCCGUUUCCCGGGCGGCGCAGACACACCAGACAAGCUCUGGGAGAUCGUUUCUCGCAGGCAGCAAUGCUGGUCGCCAGUCCCGCCCUCGCGAUACAACGAGCACGCGUUCCACCAUCCAGACCCCGAUGCACGAGGCACACACAACGCGCGCGGCGGGUUCUUCCUCGCACAGGACGUCGCAGCCUUCGACGCCCCCUUCUUCUCCAUCCCCGCCGCCGAAGCCACCGCAAUGGAUCCGCAGCAGCGCCUUCUCCUCGAAGUCACCUACGAAGCGCUCGAGAACGCCGGACACACGUUGGACUCUAUCCGGGGAACACAAACGGGCGUCUACGUUGCACUGGUAAGCCGCGACUACGACAGACAGAUCUACAAAGAUCCCAUGUGCAUCCCAAAGCAUCACCUGACGGGGUGCGGCGAUGCGACGGCGUGCGGGCGCAUUUCGUAUGUGUUUGAUUUACGGGGCCCCAGUUUGAGUCUGGAUACGGGGUGUUCGGGGGGCAUGGCGGCGCUGCAUUUGGCGUGUCAGGCGUUGCGGAGUGGCGAGGCCGAGUCGGCGAUUGUGGGCGGGACGAAUCUGCUUUUGGGGCCGGAUAUGACGAUUGCGAUGAGUGCGCUACAUAUGAUCAACGACAACGGGCGAUGUUACCCCUUGGACAGCCGGGGCGCCGGGUAUGGGCGGGCUGAAGGGGUGGCAGCGUUGGUGGUCAAGCGACUGAGCGACGCAGUGAGGGACGGGGAUCCCAUUCGCGCCGUGAUUCGAAAUACAGGCGUGAACCAGGAUGGUAAGACGAAUGGGAUUCUGCUGCCCAAUUCCGACGCCCAGCGGGAUCUGGCUGCGUCGUUAUAUCGGCAGGCUGGGCUCAACCCUCGGGAUGUUUGUUAUGUUGAAGCGCAUGGAACGGGCACACAGGCGGGGGAUGCUGCGGAGGUUACUUCGAUCAAGAGCGUGUUCUCCGGUGAUGCGCGUUCGAGAGAGCAUCCGCUUUUCCUCGGUUCAAUCAAGGCCAAUAUCGGACAUUCGGAGAGCACGAGUGGGUUGGCUGGAGUGAUCAAGACGGUACUGGCAUUGGAGAAAGCCGUUAUUCCGCCGCUGGCGGGGCUAAAAGAGUUGAAGCCUGACCUCGUACCCUUGUUGGAGGGAAGUGGGAUAGUGAUUCCUCAAGAGCCGCAGCCCUGGCCACAUCAAGGGACUCGCUUGGCCUCUGUAAACAGCUUCGGCUUUGGAGGAACGAAUGCGCAUGUUAUCCUCCAGUCAGCACCAGAGGUAUAUACAAACGGUACACGCAAUGGCUGCCACAGCCUGAUAGCCGGCCCCAGAACACACUCCAACGGCAGCACAGACGCGGGCGAGGAAGAGAAGCCCCUGCUUUUCGUCUUGUCCGCUAGAUCUAAGUCCUCGCUCGAGAGAACCAUUCGGAAUGUGCGGGACUGGUGUGUGAGGCAUAGCCCAACAUAUUCGCAGAGACAACAGCUCGCAAAAACACUCGCCCAACGAAGAUCUAUUUUCAAGUGGCGCUCAGCCAUUACUGCCGCAUCUUACGAUGGUCUUCUCUCUGCGUUGAAGGAACCCCGCCUGAGCAGAGCGACCGCAAACCCCACAGUUGCAUUGAUCUUCACAGGCCAGGGCUCGCAGUAUGCAAGGAUGGGUAGAGAACUGAUCCACCAAAACAACAAUUUCUCCCGCUCCAUACAGAGGUCGCAGCAAAUUCUAAUAGAGCUCGGGGCGUCCUGGCGUCUCGUAGACGAACUGCUCCGGGACGAGUCCUUCUCGCGAAUCAACUCGAGCGAGCUCUCACAGCCCGCAACGACGGCCAUUCAGGUUGCUCUCGUCGAUUUGCUGACGGAGCUGAACGUCCUCCCGAGCGCAGUUUUAGGCCAUUCCAGUGGCGAGGUUGCCGCCGCCUAUGCCGCAGGGAUUCUAGACCACAAGGAGGCCCUGACAAUUGCCUACCACAAGGGCUUUGUGGCUGGCUGGUGCAAAGAGACAUGCUUACCGGGUGGUGGCAUGUUAGCGGUUGGUCUUGGGGAGGCUAAAGCCCUGGAAUAUGUUCAGCGGGGCAGUGUGGGGAGGUGUACAGUCGCAUGCAUCAAUAGUCCGUCCAGUGUGACUCUCUCGGGCGAUGAGCUGGCCAUAGCAGAAGUUCAGAAGAUGCUGAACCAGGACUCGGUCUUUAACCGGCGGCUGAAGGUCGACAUUGCGUACCACUCGCACCACAUGGCGGUCGUUUCGGACAGAUUCCACCAGUGUGUCCUCGGUGUGUCUGCGAGAAGGUCGAAGGACUCGGUUCGCUUUUUCUCAUCUGUGACGGGAUCCCAUAUUACGGAUCCUCUCGGGCCAUCGUACUGGGUGAACAACCUGGUCUCGCAGGUGCGAUUUGCACCAGCAUUGGAGGAGAUGGUCAGGGUGCUCAGCAACUGCACCUCGGAGAGCCUGGUCCUGCUCGAGAUGGGCCCGCACUCCGCGCUGCAAGGGCCGAUCCGCCAAACCAUGAUGAACGCCACAACAAACCCCCCAGCAAAGUGGUCAUACACGCCUAGCCUGAUCCGAAAUAGAGACGCGCAUUUGGCUGCUCUCGAGAUGGUAGGGAGUCUCUUUGAACAGGGCGUCUCGGUUCGCCCCACAACAGACGUGUCCUCACAGCCAGAUCCUGGAAAACAAUCUCCACGCCCUGUGCUGACAGAUCUCCCUCCAUAUCCAUGGGAUCACUCCGACUCGAACCACUACUGGCACGAAUCCCGCCUGAGCAAAGAAUACCGGUUCCGCUCACACCCUCCGCACGAUCUAUGCGGUCUUCGUCUGACGGGCACAAGCACGAUCGAGCCCGUAUUUCGACACAUCUUGAGCGUCGACGAUCUCCCCUGGUUGCAGGAACAUAUCAUUGAUGGGUUCGCGCUGUAUCCUGGGUCUGCGUUUCUGUGUAUGGGUAUCGAAGCCCUGAGGCAGGUAUCCAGGGACCGAGGGGAGAAGCGUGAGAUUGCAAAAUUUAUGUUCAGGGAUGUCUCGUUCUCCAAGGCGCUUGUUGUGCCGGAUUCCCCGGGGAGCGUCGAGGUCCUACUCAGUCUUAGGCCGUCGAGGGCAGACUGGGAAGAGUUCCGUAUUUCCUCUGUUGGGGCUGAGGGCGGGUGGAGUGAGCAUUGCAAGGGGGAUAUCAGGGCAGAGUUCCAAACUCCACCAACCGAAACUGAGGACGAGGCUGAUCCCCAAAGUAUCGUCGACUCAAUAUCAGAAAAGCACCUUGCCUCCAUGCGACAAACCUGCGACGAAACCCUCACCUCGACUUCAAUCUACGCCGAAAUGCGCAAAAACGGAAUCGACUACGGCGACAGCUUCAGCAUCAUCCGUGAGAUGCACCUCGGCGACCACAAAGCCCUCGGCCACCUUCGAAUCCCCGAUAUCAAACGCACAAUGCCCUCCCAGCACAUGCAGCCACACAUCAUCCACCCUGCAGUCUUCGACGCAUUCAUGCAUGUCGUCCUACCUUUGUACCACCGACAUUGCAGUCAGGGACCCGUGAUGCUGACGUCGAUUGGUGAGGUGUCGGUAUCAGCGGAUAUUUUGAAUGCUCCUGGGAGUGAGUUGGUUGCGGCGUGUGAGCUGACGAGGGCGGCGCGGCGGCAUGGGUCGGUUGAUGUGGCCGUCUUUCAGUUUGAUGCGGAGGGGAAGCCGGUGGAGAUUGCGUCGCUCUCCCGAGAGGAUUUUCGGGCGAUUGGGGAGCGUGCAUCUGAGAAAGUGGCCGUGGACUUGGCUCCUCCGUGUUAUCAUCUGGACUGGGUUCCUGCCUCCCUGGACGAUUCCCAAGCAGCCAACGGGAACAAGGCCAACCUCCACGACGUCAACGUCUCAUUCCUUUCCGAGACACCGCUGGCUCUCGAGCUUGCAAACGGAGUGCGCUCCUAUUUACUCACAAGCGGAGACGAAGAUGACACUGCUGGCAUCACCAAUGGAGAGAUGGCGCGCUCAUCAUCUAUCCAUAUCGUCUUCACAGGUGAGCUGAAGGCAUCGAUAGCAGCCGGGAAUCUACUUUCGCUCCUUCGCAAUGACAGGUCAUUACUUCUGGUAACUAUCUUUGCGGAGCACAGCUCAGGGAUGAGUGCCGCCGGACUUGCGCGAGUGGCGCGGCAGGAGAUCGAGGAUGCGCACAUUGUGUCGUUGGAUUACCAAGACAUUCUAUCUUCGGACAGGACGACUCUAUAUCAAGCGGUGACGGAUGUACUGCACCGAUCGCGCAGGCAGGGGAACGGGGAGACUCCCGUCGAUCACGAAUAUAGAUACCAAGACGGCCACCUGCUCGUCCCCAGGCUUGAGCUCGACACUGCUGCGAACCAAUGGUUAACGGCCAAUGUCACCGGGGAAGACAUGACGACUACGGCUGCCUUCCACAGCUCUAACCAACCGCUGGAGCUGCACUUUACGACACCGGGCCUUUUCGACAGCGCCGUCUUUGUACCUCUCUCCAACACGCCAGCUUUAGGCCCUAACGAAGUCUCGGUAAAGGUAUACGCCCACGGAGUGAAUGCCCUCGACGUGUCAAUCGCACUGGACCGGGCAGAGCCCACAUCGGCAAUGAUGGGUGAGUUUGCCGGGAUUGUCGUCGAGGUGGGAGAUGGCUGUCGAGACUUGUACCAGCCGGGAGACCGGGUCUGUGGGUGGGGAGCGCCGCCAUACACAAACAUUGCCGUCGUCAAGGGACACCUGGUGCACAGGCUUGAGGGGUCCACCUCCUUCGCGGAAGGUGCAUCGAUUCCUGUUGCGUUCCUGACAGCCAUGUACGCGUUGGAUACCAUUGCGAGCCUUGAAGAUGGCCAGACUGUGCUGAUUCACGGAGUGGCGGGAGAUGUUGGGCAGGCGGCCAUCUCAAUCGCACAACACAUCGGCGCAGGUGUUUACGCUACCGUUGCUUCCCACAAGGAGAAAGAAUCGCUCGGUGAGCAAGCGGGGAUUCCUAGGAGCCGAAUCUUCUACACCUCCUCUACGUCUUUCAAAGACGAAAUAUUGCAUCUUACUGGGGGCCGGGGCGUCGAUGUUAUUCUCGACUGCUCAUCGGGAGGACUGUUUGAUGAGAGCGUGCCCCUCGUCGCGGACUUUGGGUACGUGAUUGACGUUGCAAACUCCAGGGUGCCGCAGACGGUAGGUUCAAGGCUGCAGAGGAAUGUCACCUUUGCCUCGGUCAACCUGCAGCUCCUCGCCGCGCGGCGGCCAAAGCAGGUCGAGAAGCUCUUCUCGAAGGUCGUGGCGCUGUACCAGGCGGCGAAAUUAAGGCCCAUUGCCCCGCUGGCAACCAUGAACCUGAGAGAUGUCGGUACUGCAUUUAGACUUGUGCAAAGCCAGCGCCAUUUGGGAAAGAUUGUCUUGGAAAGUGAUGAGACGGCUGUUGUUAAGCAGGUUGCGCCGCAGCCACGGCCUCCGGUUCUAGCAGAGGAUGGAAUCUACGCUGUGGUUGGAGGAUCUCCUCCGCUGAAUCACGCACUCUGCACUUUCCUCGAGGAGAGGGGAGCCAGACAAAUUCUUAGCGUGCUGGAUUCCAAUGCAGACACACGGCAAGGAGGCUUGGACUUUUCACGCUUCCAACAGGUCAAGAUUGAUAACAUUGCAACUUCAGAAGACCUCUCCUCAGUUCUAUCCCACUCCACUGGAGCAAGCUUAAGGGGCAUUCUAUAUGUCGAGUGGGUGGCGGAUGGACGCUCGUUGACCCAAAUAACGGACGAGGAGCUUCAUGCUAGCACGACCAAGAUACACGAUACCAAGGCAGCAGGUGAAAGUAUCGCGGCAAGCACGGCUGUGGACUUUUCGGUUACCCUCGCGCCUUGUGCAGCCAUCCUGGGCUGUCAGGGCCAUGCACUGUCCGCCGCUGGCAGCACAGUCAAUGGCUCACCCACGGCUCACUCUGUGACGGUUCGCCUUGAUGCAAUCGACGGAAUCGGGACCUGGAAUACGGGACAGGCAAGCACAGCCGCAUUAAAGCUGAGCGAGCUGUACAGCCUUCUCGACUACACCAUUACCGCGGCAUCACAGCUAGACAACGAAAAGUCCAGGGAGCUAUUCACCGGUCUCACCAAGGCUACAUGUCCCCGGGCGAACCCGAUAUUCAAGGCAAUCCAUGAGCUUUCCGAUGAGACCAUCACAAGCGAAACGCAAUUAUCAUCCAAACGAAUCGACCAGCAGAUCGCCUCUGCAGAGAGCAUGGCCGAAGUGUACAGGAUUGUCCUCGACGCCGCAGUACAGCAGCUCUCCUCGUUCCUGGCUCUCGAUGCAGAUGAUAUCAGCGAGAACAUGUCCAUUGCAAGUCUGGGCCUGGACUCACUUCUUGCGAUUGAGUUUAAGAAUUGGCUCGUGAGGACGACGCAGGCGCCCGUGCAGACAUCAGAGGUGUUGGACGCGUCGAGUCUCAAGCAGCUGGUGGAGAUGGUUAUGAAGCGGUCGAAGCUUGUGCUGAAGACGAAUGAGACAUCGGAUGUGGAUGCCCCAAGCGUGAGGGUGAAUGGCACAUCGAAUGGUGACCACCUUCCUCACCCUACUAUAAACACCCAGACGCCUCCUCCCCUCCCCAUUCCCUCCCUGGAAUCCCUCAUCGAGAGACACCUCUCCUACCUCCGCGCCCACGCAACAGACGCAGAGUACCGCACAACUCGCUCCCUAGCAGCCGACUUCCAAGCACCCGGCGGCAUCGGACGACGCCUGUAUGAUCGCCUGAAGGCAAUCCGUGCCGCCAAUCCCAAGACGUGGUACCACGACCUCUACCUGCGCAAUCAAUACCUUGUCCGAAACGGGUCACUGGCACCGUACAUGACCUUCUUCUUCACGCACCCUGUGGAUGUCCCAUCGCAUUCACAAGCGGAGAGAGCAGCGCUCAUGGUUUCGACAGUUAUCCGGUACAAGGAUAAACUUGAGAAGGGGCUGAUUCGGCCUAGGGUUGUUAAUGAGGAACCGCUGUGUAUGGAUCUUUACAAGUAUUUGUUUUGUACGACUCGCGAACCUACAGUCGGGGUUGAUAGAUUCGUGCAGUAUCCCGGGUGUGAACACUUUGUUGUGCUGAGAAGGGGACAGGCUUACAAGGUCGAAUUGGACCAGGUGGAUAGACUGGAGCAGAUAUUCGACAGGAUCCUACUCGAGACUGAUACCAGCGAGGUCGACUGGCUGGGAAUACUGACUACAGACGACCGAAUCUCUUGGGCAAAGACCCGUCAGGCAUUUAUCGAGCACAGCCCCGAGAACGCAGCGUACAUUCGCACCAUUGAGGAAUCGGCCUUUGUAGUCUCCCUCGACGACAGUUCACCAGAGACAUCAGAAGAGCGAGGCCGCCACUUUCAUUUCUCAGACGGCUCGAACCGCUGGCACGAUAAGCCCAUUCACUUUAUCAUAACAGCCAAUGGAGCGUCGGGAAUUCUGGGUGACCAUACGGGACUGGACGCAGCGACUGUGCAUGAUCUGAAUACCGAAAUCGCCGACGCGAUCCGACGGCAUCGACCGAGAACCCGACAUACCAACGGAACAUCAGUCGAACCCGAUAUCCAUACAUCGAUGGAGCACCUCAGACAUGCCCCUCUCGCCCCCUCGACGCAAUCCCGCAUCAACGGUCUCCGCACCACCUACACAGCGGCGACAUGCACCCGCGAACACCGCUAUCCUCCACCCCUCGCCUACGGCUCGACCCUAAUGCAGCGACACAAGAUCCCCGCAAACAGCGCAAUCCAACUCCUCGUGCAGCUCGCAGGGCGCUACUACUUUGGCUCUACCCUGCCCUGCUGGGAGACGGUCCUGCAGAGCAAUUUCGCGACGGGGCGUGUCGAGAUUAAUCAGGUUGUGUCGGUGCAGGUUGCUGCGUUUGUCGAUGCCGCCGUCGCUGUAGAUGAUCACGGCCACGAGAACAAGGCAUCUCUACGUCCGGUAAGAAAGUUAUUUGUCGAAGCCGCGCGCGCGCAUUCAGCUUCCGUCCUCGCCUGUACGCGCGCUGGCGGCUCCGAUCGAUUCCUCUCGAUGCUGCGGGAGAUAGUGGAUCGCGAAAACGGAGAGGAGGAGCCCGGUUUAUUUCAUGAUCCUGUAUAUAUCAGGGCACGGCCACGCAAAUUCGUGAGUAAUUGUUUUCCAACGGGGAUGGCGGAGAAUGGGUGUGUGUUGCGCGAUGAGGAGGGGGUUUGGUUGCACUUUGAGGUUGAGCCCGAGAGGGUCAAGUUCUCGAUUGUUGGACCGGCGGGGCAGACGGAGAGGUUUGGGGAGUGUUUGGUUAGGGCUGCGGAGAGAGUGCGGGAUAUUGUGGAGGCUGUUUAG